AUGAAGAAAAGAAGCCCCUCACAUGGCGGUAGAGUUAUCUCAUUUGAUGUCGAGGUACUCUCAAAGGACAGCCCCUCUUUUUGGUCGUCUCCUUUUAUCCUCGGAUCCAAUGACCAUGGCUACUUGAUUCUUUCCCACGUUCUCGCCGACCUCUCCCUGUACAGGGCGUCCAUUCUCGACAUCAAGAACCCGUCGUAUUCGUCAACCUUUUACUCCGACACUGGUGUAUUCAACGCGUCGUUCUCAGACUACGGCUUUGGCUCUACGAGGCCCUCGGACGGUCUAUCCGAGUUGCGAACCUGGAGUACUGUCCCUGGAACCGAAUUCGACCUGACUUUCGAGUCAACUUCCCCCGUGCUCCUAAACGGCGGACUCGGGGUGUUCAAAGCCGGGAAUGCCAUGGUCUAUGAAUGGAGAAUGCCCGCGGACAAAACCAGAGGCUGGCUGAAUGUCAACGGGACGAGGGUCGUCGUGGAUACGGCGCGGUCCUUGACGUGGUACGAUAGGCAAUGGGGCGGCGCGCCGCCAAAUUGGUCCUGGUUUGAGCUACAUCUCGAGAACGUCAAUGGAACUGACGUUCCCCUCUCCAUUUGGGGAUGUCUUGCGACGAUUCGAGAUGGAGGCGUGCAGAGAGUCGUCUCGGUCGCGUCUUUGGAGACGUCUGGACGUACGUAUACUUCCGAGGCGUCGGGUGCCACCUACCCGCUUGAUUGGACCCUCUCCCUGGCUAAUGGAAUUGUGGUCUCCAUGUCUAGCGUAAGAGAGGAUCAAGAGCUUUACUCGCCGGGUGGAAAGUUGCCAACGUAUGAAGGGUAUGUCACUGUGACGGGUGUUUACAAGGGGUGUCAGAAGGUUGGAGGGUAUAGCUUGAUCGAGGUCACCUCUCCCGGUGCACUCUGA